CAGGUAUCAUGCGACCUGUACAUCUACUAACACCUCCGCCUUUCACAACCACCACAACACCUACUCCAGCGCCUGACACAACAACAACAACACCUACCCCACCACCUGACACAACAACAACAACAACACCUACUCCUCCGCCAGACACCACCACAACAACACCUACUCCUCCGCCAGACACCACCACAACAACACCUACUCCAGCGCCUGACACAACAACAACAACACCUGCUGCGUCUCCUAUGCCAUCCCCUUCUCCGUCCCCGUCUCCUUCCCCAUCACCAAGUCCUGCAACAACCGCUGAUCCGGGAUGCAACCAAGCGUUAACAGCUAUAGCAACAACACAGUAUUUCACGUCUCUAAACUAUCCAUAUAACUAUGACAGCAAUAUGAACUGUGAAAUAACGAUCACCUCGCCAACUGACACGGCAAUUGUUUUGACAUUUUCGGCAUUCAGCUUCGAGUAUGACAGGUAUUGUACAUACGACAAUGUGGCAGUUUAUGAGUAUUCGACGGCGGAUGGUUCCACAACACUAAUUGGCACUUACUGCGGAACUACAUCACCGGGUACCAUACAAAGUUCAAACAAUGGAAUGAAAGUUGUCAUAUACAGUGACGGAUCAAUUCAAAGUAGUGGAACUAAUGUUGGCUAUAAUUAUGUUGACAAUUCCUACCCAGGAUGUAAGUCUGGUUAUACUACAUAUACAGCAGCAACAUUAGGAAAGGGUACUGCACCAACCAUAGCAAAUGCGAAUAAACCAUACUUGAGCAAUCAAGACGAGUAUUUCCUUAUAACUAAUCCAGGCGGUACACUUGUUCUACAAUUGACUGAAAUGAACCUGGAGAGAGGAUCUGGGUGUAUUUACGACAGGCUUAUCAUUUAUAAUGGUGCCUGUACAAAAGACACAAUAUUAGACACACAUUGUGGAACCUUCUUAAAGAGAUGGGAAAUAACUGCUGCCACCUCCAGCGAAUAUCUCGUACAAUUUCAUUCUGAUGGAAGCAUAAAUAAGAACGGAUUCACUUUACAAUAUUUUCUAGGUACCGCAGCAACAGGGGCUCCAACCACCACGACUACUACAAUAGGACCGCCAGUUUCCGCCGAGGUUAAUCUCAUCAAUGAUGUGCUGACAAACUACAGCAGUGCCAACUUUCCAGUCAGAAAUCUCUCGUAUGCUGUCGAGGCAACUGUGGAUCUUUUCUUGGCAGGGGUCAGCAGUUUAGACGAGGUGCAGCAAAAGUUGACGACGACAAUGCAGUUUAAGAUUACGUGGUCAGAUGACAGUAUGAAAUGGCCGACUACCAAAUUGUCCGGAAUCUCGAAAAUCCUUAUGCCACAGAACGACCUAUGGAAACCAGAUCUUGCUUUAUUAAACAGUUUUACCAAGCUGAGCUCGAUGGGAAGCAAAUUCAUGUUUAUCGUGGUAGAAAACACGGGUCUCUGCACGUGGAAGCCUUACCAGAUUCUGGAAAGCACGUGUCAGGCCGACAUGACAAAUUAUCCAUAUGAUACACAAAAUUGCGAUCUCAUGUUUAGUACAUGGUCCUCUACAACAGCCCAGGUGCAAACUAUCAUUGGCACCUCCGGCAUGCAAAGGCAUGAAAAUUUCGUAGAGAACUCAGAAUGGAAACUGGAAGGAAUUUCCCAAAGAAAUGAAACGGUGAACGGUCAACUUGCAGCCGUGUUUACACUGACUCUUAUACGGAAUCAUGCAUUUGUUGUGUUCUAUGUAACAGUUCCGGUUAUUUUGCUCUCGUUAUUAAAUGCGCUUACAUUCGCUUUACCAGUAUCAGCUGGAGAAAAGUCUGGAUUUGCGAUAACGGUGUUCCUGUCAUUUUUGAUCUACGUCAUAGUUACUUUUCAAAAAAUGCCGGACAGUUCAGAUACAAUUUCACUGUUUGCAGUCUACCUGCUGAUUAUGACGGGCCUUAGUAACCUAACUGUUAUUAUUUCGGUGUUGGAAAUUCGGAUGAUUGAGCUAAAGACUAAACAUAAACCAUUGCCACAAUGUACUAUCUCAUUUACGAAAUGGAUUCUAAAUUUACAACAUAAUAUGUUGUGCAUAAAGGAUGAGAUGGAUGAAAAGCGGUACGCUGAAGCUCAAAAUGAAGCAAGGAAUGUUAAACCGGAAAGUGAAGAUGAUGGUGAUGUUGAAGAAGAUGAUACUGCUUGGCCUGAAUUUGUUUCCGCUUUAGACUUUACUUGUUUUUGGGUGUUUUUUCUUGUGACAGUUUUGCUUGCCGUGUGUUAUAUGUCAUAUCUAGCAACACGAUGAACAUGGGAACAAUGCUCAAAUAGGUCAACAUAAGGUUCAGGUUCUCCUAUAAUAUGUUACGCUUAAACUACUGUUGUAACAUUACUUUGGGAGUAGUCAGGGUACCAUGAUAGGGCCUUGAGUAUUUCCUUGAGGCUAAGGACGUAAUCUUUUGCAGAAAAAUAGACAAUGGUUAACGUAAUAUGCUUGAUACACAUAAUAUUAAUGCUCUACCAUUAUAGUGAAACUUAUUGUUUUGGUGUACGCUGAGAUUUAAAAUAAAAAAAACACUUUUUUUGAAGUGUCAAAAAAGAACAAAGAAAAAAAAACAAACAAAACCUGCAGUUGAUCAUUUGUAAAGCGUAAAGUAUUCACGUUUUGUAAACAGUAUAUGUGUUACGCAUCGAGACGAUAAAAUAUUGCUUCAUGUUAACUUCAAAUGUUGAAAAGCAGGAAUAAAUCAAGGAGAUUUCUUCAAAUAAAUUGAAUACCAGUACGUAGGAAUCAAUGGAAAAACAAAACCAUUUACUUUUCAGUUAAAUUGAAUUAAGUUUACGUUCAGACUCUAAUUGCGCACCAUAUUUAAUUUAAAAAUUAAUAGGACAUAGUAUUAACCGAACUGUUAUUGCCUAACUUUUUAUCAUUGAUUGUGACAUUUUGGCUAGUCUUCAUAUAUUUUAGCUGAAACUACACCACAGUGUGUUGUCUUAAAGUUUCAUUAUAUUUACAUAUUUGCAUAAUUUCUACUACAUGUACAUGUACUUCGUUAAUCAAUUCCCCCACAGAUUCUAUAAGAACAGUUAAAAAAUGCAAAAGGUUUAAGUUUAUGGCUAAUAAAAUGUAUCUAGGAAAGUCCUAGUAUUUCAUUAAAAACAGCAGAAUUUAAAUUUAAUUAUUUAUUAUUACUUUUGCAUGAGCACGUCAUUAAUUAUAUUAUAAGGGCAAACAUAUGAUGUUUGGAAAUGCAAGGGACCUUUAUAAAGAGUUUUUUUAUUGUUCUUGUUUAAUUUGCAUUUCACACUUUUUACACUGUUCGAAUAAACCGUUAUUUGUGAUUUGUAUAUACAACAAAAAUAUUGUUAAUAAACUUAUUAUUUAUGAUCGUAA